AUUUUCUGGCAUAAAGGUUAUAGGUUUUGAAGAUCAAAUAAUUUUGAAAGAAUUAUUGUCUGAUAUUAGUUUUCAACCACUAUCAAUUCUGCUAGAUAAAAUAUCCAUUAAUAUUGUCACCGAUUAG